AUGGUAACCUCAUCUCCGUCGUCUCAAUCUCUUCUCUCUUUUCGAUUGACGAAUGUUGCUGUCGAAAACAAUUCAAUUCGUAACGCCGAAUCGUCGCGAUUCUCGAAGUUUUAUAGUGCUGAUGCGGCAAUCGGAGGCUCGCUUGUCGAGGAAUCGAAUAUUUCAGAUGCUGAUUAUGCGUCGCGCAUUGAUCUGAUUUCAAAAGUUUUCGGUAUCGAUGCAGCUGAACGUUACUUUGAGGGUCUGAGUCUAGCUUCAAAGACUCCUGAGACCUAUACUUCUCUGCUUCAUGCGUAUGCUGGCUCCAAACAAACCGAACGAGCAGAGGCCUUGUUCGAUAGAAUCAUAGAGACCGAUAAUCUUAGUUUUGGUGCCAUCACAUACAACGAGAUGAUGACUCUAUACAUGUCAGUCGGCAAGUUGAGAAAAUGCCCGAGGUUAUCGAAAUGCAAAAGCGUAAAAAGGUUUCUCCGGAUAUUUUUACUUGCAAGCAACCUUUAA